AUGCCCAGAGCUUUAGGUUCGAAGGACAGGGAUUGGCAGCACUUCAGAAACUCUCAGGGCUGGAAGUCGCGUUCUUCGCGUUCUUCGCGUUCUUCGCUUCCGGCUCUUGAGAUGGCCAAAGCUGCCAAGACUGGGACCUGUCGAAUUGGAGUUGCGAUCCUGGUGGCGCUCUGCUUCCGUCAGGUGCUGGCCUUUGUGGGCCCUCACCUUCCUCGGACUCCGCUUUCACAGCUGUCCCUUGUAGCACCCGCUGUGCUGAGCAUUACGCUGCCAGCUGCCGCAGCGAGCGAUGGAGGGCUAGGGUUCCAGGCUAUCAUGUUCGCUCCUGUGAUUAGUCUGUUUGCUAUCGUGGGCGUUGCCAUGGUUGGAGGUUACGUGCUUGGCAUCUUUGUGCCGCCAGGGGAAGGUGAUUACGGCGACUUCGAGACCACUUUAGCAGAACGAGAGGCCCGGGAACGCGGUUGGCGCCGUGAUGUGUUGCGGGGCUAUGACGAGGAGACUUACGCAGCCGGAGUGGGCGAAGGCAGGCUCUCUGGGUCAGCUGUUUUUUUUAACCAGCCGGCCGGCCCUUUCGUAAAGGUGGAAUAUCCCUUCCGCAAGCAGCCGCGUCCAGAGUCAGAUGGCACGCUUGCCCUAUGCCAGUUUACUUGGGCCAUCUUGGGCCUAGUUGUUGCUGUGUGCGACGGCAUUCGCCUUCGCACAGGCGAGUUCCACAUCUGCUGCUCCCUCGUUACCGUCAAUACCGCGGUACUCGAGAUCACACUUCUUUCCGAACUGCUGGACUGCUGGUCACUACGAAGAGCUUCCGUGUUGUUCCACGGCGGCAGGUUGCUCGAUCCUGAGAAGUGCGCAGAAGUGGAGAAGAUCUGCAACCAGACCAAUUGCCUGUACAGCGUCGACGUAAACUUUUGCACCAAGAGCCGUGAAGAAGUGGCGGAACUUAGGCCGGGCGCCGGGGCCAGGAAGCACCGGGCCGUCGCCUGGAGCGCCGCCUGGAGCGCCGGGGGCGCCGCCGGGGGCGCCGCCGGGGGCGCCGCCGGGGGCGCCGCCCGGGGCGCCCCCCGGGGCGCCGCCAGGAGUGGGUCCCAUCCGGCACAGCAAACUGGCCCCAUUGUCACUGACACUUUGCCCCAAGAACGAGAUGCGAAGAUGCCUCCUGUAUUGCGAUGCAGGAAGCUGAAGACCGACUUGAGCGAAUCGCGCUUUGCUGCUGAGAUUAUUUGGUCUGGAGCUAGAAAUGCCCCUGAACCAAUUGCAAGUUGCAAGUACAUACCUGGCAGCUGGCAAGGUGCCGCAUCCCUGUGUGCCAUAUCCAUUGUUCAUAAAAACAAGUGUUGUUCGCUUUGCGACUUGGCGUUGACGCAAAUUUGCAUGACCCUGAAUGUUGCCUUUCAGUCCCUCUAUGAUCUGCUCAAGCUCGCUGGUCAUCAUCUCGAACUCGAAGCCUACCUUGCUCAAGGAGGCAUAGGAGGAUCAGCUGAAACGAGAGUUGCAGGAGGUGCAGGGAAGAUGGGGAGUGCGCUGGCCACGGACACCAUCCCGGUCCUUGUGACCAUGGUGGACGUCCACAAUGCCAAGGCGCAGGACAUGUUCUACUUCUGCAAUGUUGGGAGUGGCGGGGCCGCCACGAAGGUCAUUGGGCGCUCGCAAACUUUAAGUGUGGAGGUUGGGAUCACGACCGUCUUGACCUUGAUUGUCUAUGAGUGCCCCGAACCUGUCUUCACGCCCGAGACGGCGCGUUGCCUUGGGGUGCUUCGCGUGCCUGUAGAACGUUUGGCUGAACGUUACAGCUCAGGUAUCUUCCAGCAGUGGUUCAACCUAGACACCAAGACUGACCCUCGAAUGCCGGCCGGCGACCUCCAAUCGCUGGUCACCAAGUUUGAGCAGGCUUACGCGGACUCCGUGAAUGACAUUUACCAGCCCAAGGUUUGCCUGUCCGUGAUUGGCUCCUCAUUUGAGGUGCAGCAGGGUUCAAGGUCCACGUUCGGAAUCUUCGUCGGCGAGGAUGUCAAGACUCAAGCAGGCCCAGAUCUGAAGGCACUCAUUGCUUCCCACAAACAGCAGGCCGCCUACAUCGAUGCGCUGCACGAGGAGCUCCGCCGCCUGAAUACCCCGUCCUAUCGGCCUCUUGCAGCGAGCAUGGCACAGCCGAUCGGACCUGCAGCUCCUGGCUCCUUCGCAUUGCCGAAAGCACCCCAGGCACCUGGUUAUGGUGCCUUCAGUGCGUCCCAGCCUGUGCCUUCCUCGAUGGCGCCUCAUUGA